CCGCCGGGAAUGCCGCAGCUGCCCGGAGGAUGGGGUCGUCGGAGUGGUGCUCGGGCCCCGGGGAGAGGUGGCUGGCGCCCGAAAGAUUUGCCCCGGAGCUCUGAUUCCCGGAGCUCCCUCACCUUGUUCCUUUGCCCCCGGUGGCCCCGGGCGGCUCCAGGCCGAGCUUUCAGCUCCUGCCUGUUGAUGGCUUCCUCCGGCCGAGAUUUCCUUCGUAUACAAAUAAGUCUUUGCGGACGCCAGCGCCGGCAGCACCGACUAAAGAUCGGAAAGCAAGUGCACAGCAGAAACGACCGUAACAGUGAUGUUUACCGCAGGGACGCUAGCAGUGGCAUAAGCAGAGGGUGAUGAGUAGCGUGUCGAGGCGAUACCCACUCUGCAACUUGCCUUUAUUGGGUGCCAGCUGGCCUGAUUCGGCAGCAGCUGUCAGCAGGCCAGUGAGUGGAGAAAGUCGAGGUGGUAGAGCAUCGAAUGGCAGCCAGCUUUUUCUGUGAUUGUAAAUUCCAGAACACCUUGCGGCUUGGGGGAUGUGUUAAAUCUAAAUCUUUAUUAGGUGCAUUUGCCGUUCCGUGCUUGUGGAAAUCACGUAUGUAGUACUCUGAAUCUUCUCUCAAGAUAAGCCGUUGAUUGUGAUUUCAGCGUCAAAAGAAGUACAACAUAUUUUAUUUAAAAAGUUAUUGGACCCCUUAUGGGUAGCCUACAGGGGACAAUUCAUCUCUUUCGAAAACCACAAAGAUCUUUUUUUGGAAAGUUAUUACAGGAAUUUGGACUUGUAGCAGCUGACAGAAGGUCCUGGAAGAUAUUGCUGUUUGGUGCAAUAAACUUAACAUGUACUGGCUUCCUGCUUAUGUGGUGCAGUUCCACUAAUAGUAUAGCUUUAACUGCCUAUACUUACCUGACCAUUUUUGAUCUAUUUAGUUUAAUGACAUGUUUAAUAAGUUACUGGGUAAUGAUGAGGAAACCCAGCCCUGUCUAUUCAUUUGGAUUUGAAAGAUUGGAGGUCCUGGCUGUGUUUGCCUCCACAGUGUUGGCACAGUUGGGAGCUCUCUUUAUAUUAAAGGAAAGUGUAGAGCGCUUUUUGGAGCAGCCCGAGAUACACACGGGAAGAUUAUUAGUUGGUACUUUUGUGGCGCUUUCAUUCAACCUAUUCACGAUGCUUUCUAUUCGGAAUAAACCUUUUGCUUAUGUCUCUGAAGCUGCCAGUACAAGUUGGCUUCAAGAGCAUGUUGCAGAUUACUACCCUGCCAGGACCUCGCACAUGCUGCUUCCAAUGUCUACAGUCUCUUCCUUCCAUCUCUCACUCCUCUUUGCAGUGUUCGGUAGACUGAAUUGUAAGAAGUUGAGUGAGGUAUACAUUUACAAUGUAGAAUUAUUUUUUCCUUUUAGUAAUUAUUUUGCUGUAGACACUGCCUCUGCCAUAGCAAUUGCUCUGAUGACGUUUGGCACUAUGUAUCCCAUGAGCGUGUACAGUGGGAAGGUGUUACUCCAGACAACACCACCCCAUGUUAUUGGCCAGUUGGACAAACUUCUCAGAGAGGUAUCUACCUUGGAUGGAGUUUUGGAAGUACGAAAUGAGCAUUUUUGGACCCUAGGUUUUGGCUCUUUGGCUGGAUCAGUGCAUGUAAGAAUUCGCCGAGAUGCAAAUGAACAAAUGGUUCUUGCUCAUGUGACCAACAGGCUGUACACUCUAGUGUCUACACUGACUGUUCAAAUAUUCAAGGAUGACUGGAUAAGGCCCUCUUUACCAUCAGGGCCUGUUGCAGCUAAUGUCCUAAAUUUUUCAGAUCAUCACAUAAUACCAAUGCCUCCUUUAAAGGGUAUUGAUGAGUCGAACCCUGUCACAUCAACUCCAACUAAACCUAGUAGUCCACCUCCAGAAUUUUCAUUUAACACCCCUGGAAAAAAUGUGAACCCAGUUAUUCUUCUAAACACACAAACAAGACCUUAUGGUUUGGGACUUAAUCAUGGACACAUACCUUAUAACAGCAUUGUUAAUCAAGGACUUGGAGUUCCAGGAAUUGGAGCAACCCAAGGAUUCAGGACUGGUUUUACAAAUAUACCAAGUAGAUAUGGAACUAACAAUAGAAUUGGACAACCAAGACCAUGACAUACUGUGAUUUAAUUUAUUUUAUGAGGAAUAUUGACUCCUUGACUUCCUUCCAAUUUACUUAGUAAUCCAACUUUGCAUUGACUGUUCAAUCAUUUGUUGUAAAUAUUAGAGAAUAGUAGGCUAGUUCAUAUUAUAUGAAACCAAUGAAACUAUAUUUUUGUAAGAUAUAGUUAGAACAGUGAGAAACUUCUAAAUGUUGUAGGCUUUAAAUAGGCUUCCUUUAGAAAAUGUAUUUCUCUAAAUUUGAAUUUUGCUAUCUUUGGUUUUGAAGUUGACUGCAGUGUGAUAUGAGAUUACCUUUACAAGAGAACCAUUUGAUGGA